UCAGCGGUCGCUGUUUCCACUACGUUCCAAAAGCCAUGACUUGGGCCAAGCUGAGAAAAACUGUGAGUCCAUGGGUGGAAACCUUGCGUCCGUUCACAACCUGCUGGAGUACCAUGAGAUUCAGAGGCUGAUCAUGAGCGCAAGUUAUGAUUACACAGUAACGUGGAUUGGAGGCUCGGAUGCACAAGAGGAGGGUGUGUGGUUGUGGAGUGAUGGUACACCCUUCAACUAUCGGUCUUAUGGAAGGUUUAAUAACUUUCAGGGCAAGCAGCACUGUCUACAGAUAAAUUAUGGAGAUGAUAAGCGCUGGGAUGACACCUGGUGUAACAUUCACCGCCCAUCAGUUUGUGCCAAAAAGCCCUGAUAAUUCUCAGGUGGAGAACCUCCCAGAAGCCCAAACAUGGGUGGAUGAGUGUUUAUGUGUAUGUGGGAUGCAUCUGUCUUUGUGCCAUCAGUCUCAAAUCUCCAUAUAUUUCUGUUUAAAUCACAUUUUUAUAUAUCGCUGUGACGCAACUUAAGGAAAGAAACAACAAGUGACAGAAACAGUUGCUGGAUCGUUUCUGAGGCCAUGUGGCUUUAAUAACAGCAGAUUGAAUCUGUUGUUUAGAACAACAUUAUUCUGCACAGUGAACUGUUCUUUCUUGUCUUUGAAAAAAUAAAAGUCUCAAGCAUUGAAAUAA